GGCCACCCACGCAGGAUCCUCCUGAUUCACCUGCCCCGCUCCCGGCAGCCCCGGCCACUCUCCCGGCCCGGCCCGGGCUGAGCUCGGGGCGGCACCAUGGACCUGCUGCUGCUGCACGGGCUGCUGCUCCUGCCCCUGGCAGCGCUGCUGCUCUACAGGUGCAGCCCCGGCUUCCAGUUCCUCUGCAAGGUGGCAUUUUUCAACUGCUGGAUCGUGGCCUUGGCCACCCUGCUGUCCCCCUUGGCCGCCCUCCGGGGACGCUCCGUGGAAAACAUGAGGCUCCUGCGGGCCGCGCUCCUGCCCCUCAAGCGCUUCUACGGCAUCAGGAUGGAGGUGAGGGGCUCCGAGCGGCUGCGGCUGCCGGGGCCCUUCGUGAUCGUCUGCAACCAUCAGGCUUCCCUCGACCUCAUGGGAAUGGUGGAGGUGAUUCCCGAGCGCUGCGUGCCCAUCGCCAAGCGGGAGCUGCUGUACCUGGGCACGGUGGGCUGGGCCUGCUGGCUCAGUGGCAUCAUCUUCAUCGACCGCCACUGCAGGGACACGGCCAUUGAGGUCAUCUCCCGCACCGCCAGCGCCAUGCGGCAAGAGAACCUCCGUGUGUGGGUUUUUCCAGAAGGCACCAGGAACCCGGGCAAAUCCAUGCUGCCCUUCAAGCGUGGGGCUUUCCACCUGGCCGUGCAGGCCCAGGUUCCCAUUGUCCCCAUUGUGAUCUCCCCGUACUGGGACUUCUUCAGCCCCAAGGAGAAGAGAUUCACCUCUGGGACCUGCGCCAUCCAAGUCCUCCCCAGGGUGGAAACGUGGGGCCUGAGCCCAAAGGACGUCCCCAAACUGACCGAGAGUGUCCGCCAGGCCAUGGCUGAGGCCCUGGCUGAGAUGUCCAUGGGUGACCACGGGGACCAGAACAUGGAGCAGCCUCUGCUGGGGCCAGGGGAGGACAGGGGCAGCCCCCAGGGCCAGGGGGACACAGCCAGGAGCAGGAAAUAGGCAGAGGGAGCGAGUCCCUUGGGAACACUAGGGAGGUGUCCCUUGUCCCCUGAGGAGGUGUCCUGCAGCCCUGCCACCACCCCAGCAGGACGGUGCCCUAAGGGGAGCAGAGCAGGGCAGGAUGAGGACCAGGCAGCACCCCCAAAACAGAGCAAAGUGCCCCCAAAACAGAGCAAGGUGCACCCUAAAAGAGAGGAAGGUGACCCCUAAAACCCCUCGUUGUGACUGUGCAUCCCCUGGAUGUCCCUCUUCCAGACCUGGAGCUGUGGCUGUCCCCCUGGAGCUGUGGCUGUCCCCCAGGAUGACUCCUGCCUACUUGCUGGGCAGGGCAAGGAUGCUCCAGGCAGGGCUGGGGGUUCACAGCCCCAUUUUCCACCCCUGAUUGUUGGGUUCCCCCAUGGAUUCUCCUUCCAGAGGCUCCUACAAACUGGAAAUGCUGUUUGGGUGCAGCCAGCUCUGGGGAGGGGCCCAGAGUGUGCGGCCUGGGGGGGACACGAGAUCCAGGGGAGGUUGCCGUGGGGGAGAGCAUCCCACGGUGGGAGGAGAGCAUCCUUGGUGCUGAACUGUGAGCCAAGGGUGGGACAUU